AUGGAGGCGGGAAAUCCCCGCAAACUCCGCAAAAGCGAUCCUGUGGAGCCUCAAUUUAGGCUCAGCGGACUCUCCGAAACCCGAUACAUCGGCGCACCCUCCUCUCCGUGGCCCAAAUCCUCUUAUAUGCCUGAGGGAGCGGACUGGCAGCUGGUAGUAGAAUUACUUUCGAUCAAGCUCCUCUCAAGCUGGUCUAGAACUAUUUCUCUCGAUAAACGGCGGAUACGGGCCUGCCAUGGCUUGUACGGAGUGCAAACGACGAAAGAUCAAAUGCAGCGGGCGCCGCGGAUUGUCCAUGGGUACAUUGAGGAUCUCAGAAACGAAGUAGCAUCGUUGCGGACCCAACUCGGUGGGCUUCGGAACCAACACUCCCGCAUGGGAAGUAGCACACUAGGCGGCAGGGCCCAGUCUCCCUCAGCGCCAACUCUCCUUGCCCCCUACUCAGGGCCCACGACUCCCGGAUAUUGUAUAGUCGACGUCAAAUCGUCAUUGAAGCGGAUGGGGAGGGAGGUUAUCACGCCAGCUGGAGAGAAGCACGAGUAUCUGGAAACAAUGUUGCCAGAACCAAAAGCGCCCAGCACGCUGGAUCCACUGUGGCUAAUAGAGGAGGAGGAGGAGGCUUUGAGGCUGUUGAAUGUUUAUGAGGAAGAAUGCCAUAUAACAUACCCAGUUUUCGACAUGCAUGCUCUGCGAGAGCAUUUACGAUCAAAUGGCUACUGGUCCGCAUUAAGGGAUAAUCAGCUUACAGGUGCGGGAAACCUCCACCCAUGGCUAGCAUACGAUAGCCAGACAGAUAUGCUGAGGCUGGUUCUUGCCUGCGGAAUGAAACUCGACGGGCGAAGCCACGACCAAGUCCGUCUCAGUGAAGAACUAUUCAACUCAGUCGCUCUUUUUGAACGAAUCUUCUCGAGCUCGCCUCUAAAUUUAGAGACACUGGCUCUGCUUGUUGUGGCAGCCACUUUCCAAUUCUGGAGUGGUAGAGAAGUCGAUGCCUGGAAAUACAUUGGGCUCGCUGCACGUAUGAGUUUCGGCGCUGGCUUACAUAGAAUCAACACCUUGGGCCUACUUUGUGACGCCGGCGAGCGCCAGCGAGCUCUGCGCAUCUUUUGGGUUCUGUAUGCACUCGAUCGGAGAUUCAGCUUUGGCACGGGCCUGCCAUUUGCAAUCCAGGAUUGUGAUGUUGAUUCCCAUCUCCCAUUGCCGGAUGGAGACUAUCCAUAUCUACUUUAUAUCACACACUAUAACCGCACUGGAACGAAGAUAUGGACACACGUGACUGGCUUUCGUUCCGGCAACCCUCCGCGGCAGAAUACCGCAGAAUAUCUGGAUUAUCUUAUACUACGUUGGUAUUCUGAGUUGCCCGAUUACUUGAACUUUGACCGGCAGGACUUGACCGCUCGUAAUCCUAUCGCUAAUCGUGGGCUGCGGAGAACCCGUCUCCUGCUGCGUCUGCGUCGAAAUGAAGCACGGAUACUCAUUCAUCGAGCAAUGUUACACUCGACCUCUUGUACAUCGAACCUGGGGCACGGCAAGACUCUUGUUACUGCCUGUAAGGAUACAAUUGAAACAAUUAGCGCUGUCAACGACGUCUCGGACGUUUACAGGUCUCAGGAGAUCCGCUAUAAUUAUUUCUUGAAGCAGGCGGUCGUUGCCAUCUUUCUCGCCGCGGUCCGGGACCCAGUCUCGCUCGACUGCCAAGCCUAUCAGGUCGCCCGCCAUGGCCUUGAGCUCCUUGAAAGCUCCGCCAUACCGCUGAGGAGCUCGGGCUUCGAUGAAGUUAUUCGAGAUUUGCGACGUCUAGAGCCACAUAUCGGCCUUGUCUUACCCCACGUCAAUGACGACAAGCACAGUAUUGCAAGGCCGAGUCAAUCGGCUCCCGACCGCGGGCAGCCAACUGGCGCUAGCACCCCCCAACGGCAAGAUACCAGCGACGAUAACUGGGCUGCUUUAUACCGUCGAAGCGUGACGCCACCAGAUGACGGUGCCCGUGACCAAGACAGAGACGGGGCGCUGUUGUAUCCGAGUGGGGCGGUUUUUGGUACGCAGCUUGACGACCAUAAGGAUAACGGAUACGACUUCUUCGAUACCUUAGUGGAUUUGCCGGAAUUCACCGAGGAGUUACCACUUGAUACUCUCCUACAGCAGACCCGAAAUAUGGAUGAGUGA